AUGAACAAGAAGUUAGAUAUUGAAGACUUAUCAGACGAAGAUAUCAAUAAUUUGGACAAUGUUGAAACAGUGACAUAUACUCCUACUAUUGAUGAUGAAGAGUUGGAAUGUAACGAUGAAGUUUACAAGAUUCUUAGUUAUUACGAUUUAGACUGGCCAUCUCAAUCUGUCGAUUUAUACAAAACUGAUUUUCUACUUGUGGCAACUAAUCCAGAAAAUGAACCUGGACAGUUAAAAAUGUUUAAUAUGAAAAACUUUGAACAUGAAGGUUUUGAAUAUAAAAGUGUUCAAGCACCAUAUUUAUAUAAUAGAAUUAGAUCUAAUACUAAUAUUAAUUGUGUUUCAGAUACAACAUUUGAUAUUUAUAAUGAUAAUUUGGAUAAACUCAUAUCACUUUCUUAUGACAAAGUCGAUUAUGGUUUGUAUUCAGCAAAUGAAACUUCUAUAUUUGCACAUGAUAGUGGAUUUUUAUCUAUUUUUAAUGAACAGAUUUCAGAUACAUUUAGAAUUCAUUCAAAAUCGAUUGAAUCUAUAAGUCGUUUGGGAUCUCUUCUUUUUUCAGCUUCAACUGAUAAAACGAUAAAAGUUACGGACAUUAGAUCUAAAGAUAAUAUUUUUAACAAAUUAGAAAACGCAGAAAUUAAUGCUGUGGACACAAACAAAGAUAAUCUAUUUGCAUACGGAGAUGAUAAUGGAACGAUAAAAAUUGUAGACAUUAGAAUGCCUAGCAAUAUUAUAGAUAUUUUUUGGCAUAAAUCUAGUAUUUCAAUGAUUAAAUGGAAAGAUUCGGAUAUUUUUUGCAGUACAAGUGAUGAACAGUUGUGCAUUUUUGAUACAUCACUUGAAGAUGAUUGGGAAUACGAAAAAUAUUUGCUUUUUGUUCAUCAAGGACAAAAAUAUUAUAAAGAUGUCUGUUUUAAGGAAGAUUUAGUAAUUACUACUUCUGUCGAAGGAUUGUGUUUUUUUAAACCUAUUUCGUUUGCUGACUAA